UUUUAUUUUUUUGGAGGUAUUCAUGGAUACACAAAACUAAUGACUCGUUCUCCGUGAUUUCUUCACUUUCAAAAUCCUUUCUUUUGAAGAAAGUGACACCCAAAUCUUUAUCUCUUUUCACACUUUUUCUCUUUAAUUUUUUUUUGGAUCUUUAUGUCCUACAAGUAAUACUAUAAUAAUCUCAUUUGGUUUUAAUUAUUUUUUUUUGGGGUUUUCUUGUUUACUCACUCAAAGUUUUUGUUUUGCCAAAUGGGGUUCUCGUGAGGUUUGUUUGUUUCUUCGGGGGUCAAUGAAGUGUUUUCAUUUCUCUGGUCAUGAGAAGAAUGAUGAACCGAAAACUACAAAGUCUAUUUCGGUUCGAUCCUCUGAAUCUGUUUCGAUAUCGACGGAUCAUGAUAUGAGGAGAUCAGGGUCUGAGUUUAAUUCUCAGAAUGUCUCGGAUUUUAGCACCGAAUCCUCGACGAAGAACUCGUUUGCUGCUUUGUCUCAAAGGCAAAGUAAUCUCAGAGAGUUUACAUUCUUGGAAUUGAAGGCUGCAACAAAGAAUUUCAGCCGGUCCUUGAUGAUAGGAGAAGGCGGAUUUGGCGGUGUGUAUCGAGGUGUAAUCCGCAUCUCUGAUGAUUACCACAAGAAACUCGAUAUUGCUGUUAAACAACUCAGCAGAAGAGGAUUGCAGGGGCACAAAGAAUGGGUGACAGAAGUUAAUGUUUUAGGGGUAGUCGAACACCAAAACCUUGUCAAACUGGUGGGUUACUGUGCUGAGGAUGAUGAAAGAGGGAUACAGAGGCUACUGAUAUACGAAUACAUGCCGAACCGGAGCGUGCAGGAUCACUUGUCAAGUCGAUUUCAAGCAACUCUUCCUUGGGCCACAAGAAUAAAAAUUGCCCAGGAUGCUGCUCGUGGCUUAACAUACCUCCAUGAAGGAAUGGAUUUUCAGAUUAUCUUCAGAGAUUUCAAGUCUUCAAACAUACUGUUGGAUGAGCAUUGGAACGCAAAGCUCUCGGAUUUUGGGUUGGCCAGGCUAGGGCCUUCUGAUGGAUUAAGCCAUGUUUCGACUGCGGUUGUAGGAACCAUUGGAUAUGCAGCUCCUGAAUACAUUCAAACCGGGCGCCUCACGGCAAAAAGUGAUGUGUGGAGCUAUGGAGUUUUUCUUUACGAGCUCAUAACAGGUAGGCGUCCCUUGGAUCGGAAUCGUCCCAAGUCUGAACAAAAACUCUUGGAAUGGGUCAGGCCACACCUCUCCGAUAUGAAGAAGUUCAGGCGGAUCUUGGACCCGAGGCUCGAAGGCAAGUAUUCCCUCAAGUCUGCUCGUAAACUCGCAGCGGUAGCCAAUAAAUGCUUGGUUCGGCAGGCUAAACAACGCCCAAAAAUGAGUGAAGUUCUACAGAUGUUGGAUGAAAUUGUGGAAACUGCAGAUAUGCUAAGCCCUCAACCCGCUACGAAGAGUUCAAUUCCAAAACAUGUUUCAGAACUAUCAAAAAGAGAGCGAUUGAAAAGAAGGUUCAUUGAUCUGAUAAACAGCGACAAAAGGUGUUUCGUUUGGCGAACAUGGAGACCGAAGAUUGUGAGAACUACAUAAGCAAUUAUCAGGUCGAGUUUUGUCUACAUUCAUGUAUUCGUAUAAAAAACAAUUGUAAAGGUUUGAAGGAGAUAAUCAACUGCAAGUAUUAUGUAUAGGCUUUGCAUUUGUAGGAAGUUAUAUAUAUAUAUAUAUAUAUAUAUAUUUAUAUAUGAUGUUUCUAAUGAAGAGAAAA